AUGUCCGACGUCGACAAGAUCAACGUGCGCGGAGACCCGCGCGUAGAGCGCCGCUCAGCCAGCGUCAAUGGCAAAACCUACAACCUGUCCAUGGCAUGGCGGUAUCAAAUCCCUAUGCUGCGCGACAAAGGCCUGCGCGUCGUCGCGCCCGACUGCCUAGGCUACGGCCAGACGGACGCCCCCGACGCCGUCGAGCCGUACUCGCACAAGAACUGCGCCGACGACAUCAAGGAGCUUGCCGCGCAGCUCGGCGCGUCCAAGAUCAUUGUCGGCGGCCAUGACUGGGGCGCGUUCCUGGCCUACCGGGUCGCCCUGUGGCACCCCGACCUCGUGACGCAUGUGUUCACAGUGUGCGUGCCGUAUGCGCCCCCGAUCAAGACCUACAUGCCCAUCGAGGAGAUGGUCGCCAAGAUCACCCCGCACUUCGGGUACCAGGUGCAGUUCAUCCGCGGCGAGCUGGAGCGGCUGCGCUCUAAGGAGGAGAUGAAGCUGUUCCUGUCGACGUUGUAUGGGGGGCGUACGGCGGACGGCGAGUUCGCAUUCGACGUGCAUGACGGCGUGCUUGUCGAUAAGAUGAUGCGGGUGCAGCCGUCGCGGCUGCUGAGUGAGGAGGAGCUGGAUUACUACGCCUCGGAGUUUGCGCGUCACGGCCUGCACGGUCCUUGUAUGUCUCGCUUACACCAUACUGUGGGGUGA